AUCUGGCCCAAUAUUCUCGUGUCUCUGUUUUUUCAUCGGAAAUCUUCUUCGAUCGCUUUUGCCUGGCCGCUGAUUUCACAGAGACUUGUUAUUAGGUGUGGAUUUAGCUGACCAGAGACCGAGACAUUCGUGAGCUAGAAUCGGAGAUUAGUAAUGGCGAAUCAAGGAGCUAAGAAGCGUAAGGAUGAGAACGCUCGACACAUGGCCAAGCUCCGUCGAAUCAUCAUCGCUUGCAAUGUUGUGUAUGUCAUAGUGAGGAUGCUGAUUUUUCAUUCAAGCUUUACAUGGAAGCAUUGGAUUGGGCUUGUGGUAACCUCGUUGGGUUACGCGAUUCCUUAUAAGUUUCUUGAUCAAAUGGCAAAGCCUAGUAUUACUGAUAAUGGUGAGCUUAUUGAUGGUGGCUUCGACAUGAGCACUGGUGGAGUUUGUGGAUACUUGCAUGAUGUACUCUACAUCACCUGCUUCGUGCAGCUAACAACUAUCAUUUCUGGAAAGUUUUGGUACACGUAUCUAGUGAUUCCUGCAUUUGGAGCGUACAAAGCUUCUGGACUUAUUAGAGGAUUCCUGUCACAAGGUUCAGAGGGAGGUGUAGAGGAUGAGAAAACUCGCAAAAAGAGGGAGAAGAUGGAGAGAAAAGCUUCCAGAGGGCAAGUCGUCAGGACAAGAACGCGAUGAGUGUUCUUUCCUCAAACAUACAAAGUGCAAAUCUUGUUGUACGGAUGUAGCUAUCUUUACACUAUAUAUUUGAGUUAAAUGGAUGUGUUAAAGAUGGAGAUUUCUA